GGAUAAACAGCAAUGAGUUGUUUAGUGUGCAUAACAAACAUCAUUACAUUGACUGCAAUACAGUUUAAAGUGGUUUUCAAAACACAUUUCGUUUGACAUUUCAAUUGAGACUCAAAGGCAGACACAAAACAAGUGGAAAAACAUUUCGAGAUAACGAGUCGACUAUCAGAUGAGUCGGUGUUGAGUGUAAACAAUGAGUGCAAUGAAUGCCGAGAAGAUCGACGCGAAUGGCGCUAAGAAUGGGCUCUUGUUUUACGGGUUCAAUCAGGACCAAGGUUGUUUCGCGUGCGGACUACACAAUGGGUUCCGGGUCUACAACUCGGACCCCAUCAAGGAGAAGGAGAAGCAGGACUUUAGUAACGGUGGCAUUGGUUUCGUGGAGAUGUUGUUUCGAUGCAAUUAUUUGGCAUUAAUUGGUGGCGGAAAACAACCUCAAUAUUCAACCAAAAAGGUGAUGGUUUGGGACGACCUGAAGAAGAAGCACGUGAUUGAACUCGAGUUCUCUUCAGAUGUCAAAGCAGUUCGUUUGCGUCGCGACAGAAUUGUUGUGGUCUUGGAGACGAUGAUCAAAGUCUAUACAUUCACUCAAACCCCACAACAGUUGCAUGUAUUCGAGACGUGCACUAAUCCAAGAGGUCUAUGCGUGUUGUGUCCAAAUAGUAAUAACUCUUUAGUGGCGUUCCCCUCGCGAAAGACAGGACACGUCCAGAUGAUUGACUUAGCGAACACGGAGAAGCCGGUGAUCGACGUGAUCGCACACGAGGCGCCACUCAGUUGUCUGGCGCUGAACCUAUCGGGCACACGACUGGCCACCGCUUCCGAGAAGGGCACUCUUAUCCGAAUCUUCGACACAUCCAAUGGGCAGCUACUCAACGAACUCAGGAGAGGCGCCAACGCGGCCAACAUUUAUUGCAUAAACUUCAAUUUGGAGUCAUCGCUGCUAUGCGUGUCUUCAGAUCACGGGACGAUCCAUAUAUUCGCCGUCGAGGACUGCAAAAAGAACAAACAGUCGAGUUUGGCGUCGGCCUCCUUUUUACCCAAAUAUUUCAGCUCAAAGUGGAGUUUCUCUCGUUUCCAAGUGCCGGCCGGCGCUCAUUGUAUUUGUGCCUUCGGCGCGGAACCAAACUCUGUGAUCGCCAUCUGCGCGGACGGCAGUUAUUACAAGUUCUUGUUUAACUCGAAGGGCGAGUGCUCUCGGGAUGUGUUCCUCAAAUUUCUCGAUAUGACGGACGAGGAGACCAAUUGAUUGACACACGAUUGGCGUGUCGUUUGUAUUAAUUGUAUAAAAAACGUGAACAACCACUACAACAACAAAAUACCAGUAAUUUUUGUGCCUUUUUGUAAAGCUUUGCAUCAAAUCAUU